AUGGUCUUUCCUUUUUUUUGUUUAUUUCAUUCUUUCUUUCUUGAAAUUUUCUUUCUUUUUUCAAAAUUUAUUUACUUAAUUUCUGUUUCUUUCUUCGUUUUUCUAUUCUUCAACAUUCAUAAUUUCUGCCACACCUUCCGUAAAAAUCUGCACCUAUCUAUCUAUCUAUCUAUCUAUCUAUCUAUCUAUCUCAGUCUGUUCAUAUCAUAUCUAUCUAUCUAUCUAUCUAUCUAUCUAUCUAUCUAUCUCAGUCUGUUCAUAUCUAUCUAUCUAUCUAUCUAUCUAUCUAUCUAUCUAUCUAUCUUGGUAUGUUCUGUAUCUAUCUAUCUUGGUAUGUUCUAUAUCUAUCAUCUAUCUAUCUAUCUAUCUAUCUAUCUAUCUAUCUAUACACACACACACACAUAUAUAUAUAUAGCGGGCUGUUCCUAUUAUCUAUCUAUCUAUCUAUCUAUCUAUCUAUCUAUCUCAUCGGGAUCUGACUAUGUUGAUCUAUCUAUCUAUCUAUCUAUCUAUCUAUCUAUCUAUCUCAGUCUCUUCCUUGCCUAUCUAUCUAUCUAUCUAUCUAUCUAUCUAUCUAUCUAUCUAUCUAUCCGUUCAUAUCUCAUUUUAUUCUUAUCUAUCUAUCUAUCUAUCUAUCUAUCUAUCUAUCUAUCUAUCUAUCUAUCUCAGUCUCUUUCUUGCCCAUCUAUCUAUCUAUCUAUAUAUCUAUAUAUCUAUCACAGUCUGUUCCUUUAUCUAUCUAUCUAUCUAUCUAUCUAUCUAUCUAUCUAUCUAUCUAUCUAUCACAGUCUCUUCCUUAUCUAUCUAUCUAUCUAUCUAUCUCAGGCGUUUCAUAUCUAG